AUGGCAUUUAUGAUGGACAACCUCAACUUGUCCGAACAUUUCACGCCCAUAAUUUCCCUCUUCUUCAUCGUUGUUGUCGUCAUCAUCGUCAUCCUCGUAUUUGCACGAAGAAGAUUUAUUAAUAACGGUCAGAAAGACCAUCUCCCUCCAGGCUCCCUCGGCUGGCCGUACAUCGGAGAAACCCUUCAGCUCUACACACAACACCCAAACACCUUUCUCUCCACCCGACAACACAGGUACGGGGAGAUAUUUAAGACACAUGUACUAGGUUGCCCGUGCGUGAUGGUGGCAAGCCCCGAGGCGGCCCGGUUCGUGCUUAAAAACCGGGCGAAUUUGUUCCGGCCGACGUACCCGAAGAGCAAGGAGAAUCUGAUCGGCAGGUCGGCCUUGUUCUUCCACCAGGGUCAGUACCACGCCCGCCUCCGCCGCCUCGUCCAAGCCUCCAUGAGCACGGCGGCGCUCCGCCGCCUCUCGCCGGAUAUUGAGGCGGCGGUUGCCUCUGCAUUGUCUUCUUGGGCUGACGCCGGCGGAAUUAUCAACACUUUUAAGCACAUGAAAAAGCUAUCUUUUGAAGUUGGUGUGUUAGCUACCUUUGGGUAUCUAGAAGACCAUUACAAGGAAGAACUGAAGAAAAACUAUAUUAUAAUGGAUAAAGGCUAUAAUUCCUUUCCAACAAAUUUUCCUGGAACCAAAUACCACAGCGCCAUUAAGGCAAGGAAGAGGCUGAGUGAAAUCCUAAGACACAUAGCCAGAGAAAGAAGGAAUAAUAAUUAUAACACGGCGGAGAAGAAUCUUCUAGACUGUCUGCUGACUUCGGGAAAUGGCGGCGGUGGCGGCGGCGCUGACUUUCUGUCGGAGGAUCAGGUUGCUGACAACGUGAUUGGCGUGCUGUUUGCUGCACAGGAUACGACAGCAAGUUCAAUGACGUGGAUUCUAAAAUACCUGCACGAUAAUCCUAAGGUUUUCGAGGCUGUUAAGGCAGAACAUACUGCGAUCUACGAAUCAAAUGAAAAUGGGACAAACAAUCUUUCCUGGAACCAGAUAAAAGACAUGACCGUUACUCACAAGGUGAUUAUGGAGAGCUUGAGAAUGGCAAGUGUUAUAUCUUUCACUUUCAGAGAAGCUGUGGCUGAUGUCGAGUACAAAGGGUACUUAAUUCAAAAAGGAUGGAAAGUAUUACCUUUGUUCAGAAAUAUUCAUUACGAUCGAGACUUGUUUCCUGACCCUCACAAGUUUGAUCCAUCAAGAUUUCAGUACGGGGUGAAAGGCGAGACCUUUUUGGCUUUCGGGAGCGGAGUUCAUGCUUGCCCUGGAAAUCAGCUUGCCAAGCUCGAAAUGCUCGUUUUCGUGCACCACCUAACAUCCCGAUUCAGGUAUGAAUUGGUAGGAUGUGAAAGUGGAGUUGAGUAUAGUCCAUUUCCUGUCCCAUUGCAUGGCCUUCCAGCAACAUUUUCGAAACUACCUCAACCACAAGAAUAAUUAAGGAUGUCCCAAUUAAUUGAUAUUUGAUAUAUAUAUAUAUAUAUAUAUGAUUUGUAUUAGAUAUCAUUGAAUCUAUCUGAGAACCAAUUGUUGGGGGUAAAAGGGUAAAUUCAUGUGACCCUUUUAUGUAUCCAUCUAUAUAUAGCUUCUCAUUGUAUUUGUUAUUGUAUGUUUGGGCAAACACAAAUACAAGUGACUUUGCCCUUUCUUGACAUCUUUUGUUUA